CCGUCCCUCCCCUCAGCCCGGCCGCCAUUUCGGGAGCGCAGCGCGGGCGCGCGGCGCCCCCUGGCGGUCCCGCGGCCGGCCCGUCCCUCCCCGUCCUGGCGGCCAUGAAGUCCGUGUUCGUCACGGUGGGCACCACCAGCUUCGACGAGCUGAUCGCCGCCGCCGGCUCCCCGCCCGCGCUGCAGGCGCUGCAGAGCCGCGGGUACCAGAAGCUGGUGCUGCAGGUGGGCCGGGGCUCGCUGCCCCAGGCGCAGCCCAGCAGCAGCUCGGCCGUGGCGGUGGAAGUGUUCCGCUUCAAGGACUCGCUGGCUGAGGAGCUGCAGAGGGCAGACCUGGUCAUCAGCCACGCAGGUGCUGGUAGCUGCCUGGAGACUCUAGAGAAAGGAAAACCACUAAUAGUAGUAAUAAAUGACAAGCUGAUGGACAACCAUCAGCUUGAGCUGGCCAAACAGCUCCACAGAGAUGGCUGUGUCCUCUACUGUAACUGCAGCACUCUUGUGGAGACACUGCAGUCAAUGGACUUGUCAGCUUUGAAACCUUUUCCUCCUGGACAGCCAGAAAAGUUUGCUUCAUUCUUGGAUAAAGUUCUUGGGUUGCAAUAAACAAAAUGGAGAAAUAAAGAAGUUGGAAUAAAA